GGGGCCAGCGGGUCAUUUAAAAUUGGCCAACUUUCUAGAGCAAUAAUAACAAAUUUAGGGCUCUUAUCACUUGGAUGCAGCGUAGAAUAUUUUUGUGAUAGUUUUACCGUGACAUUCGUUUACAUUUAUAAAAAAUCACAAUGAGUGAUGGUCAAGAAGACUCUUUCGAAGUCAUCGAGAAGAAUGAGGUUGAGAAUCAGGAAGAAGAAGGGGCUACGCUGCUUGAGGAAAAGGAGAGUACAAAAGAUCCAGAGCCAGAGGACGAAUGGGUUGAUAUUUUGGGCAGUGGGCAGCUUAGGAAGAAGGUGCUCAAACCUGGUGAGCCAGGCACACGACCUCAGCGAGGAGACAUCUGUUAUUUGAAUAUUGAAGGAAAACUUAUCAAUGGAACAGUAUUUGAAAAGCUUGAAAACUUUGAAAUCCAAGUUGGGGAUGCUGAGUUGGUGCAAGGGCUGGACUUGGCUGUGCCACUUAUGGACGUUGGUGAAACUGCCCUGGUUGAAGUUCAUCCCAGGUUUGGCUACGGAACGUUAGGCAAAGAGCCCGAUGUACCUGAAGCAGCAGUUUUAAUGUACACGGUGGAGUUAGUGAAAGCAGACCCUGAACCAGAAUUCGAGGAGCUCUCAGCACUGAAAAGACAAGAAGCAGGCAUUAAAAAACGGGAGAGAGGAAAUUGGUGGUAUUCAAGAAAUGAGCACACCCUUGCCGUUCAAUGUUACCGACGAGCUCUCGACUUCCUUGACAGUGACGGAGGCAUAACAGCCGGUGUUGAACCAAGAGACUCUGUUGAGGAUCUAAAGCCAAUCUUUGCUGAAAGAUUGAAAGUUUACAACAACCUUGCAGCCUCGCAGAUGAAACUUCAGGCCUACGACUCUGCACUUCAUUCUGUGGAAAAUGUUUUGAGAUGUGAGCCAAAUAAUAUCAAGGCCAUGUUUAGAAAAGGAAAGAUAUUGUGUGAAAAGGGAGAAUAUGAGAAGUCCGUGGAAGUGUUCAAGCAGGCCAAUCAACUUCAGCCUGAUAAUAAGCCAAUCCAACAAGAGCUAGCAAGAGUCAUGGCAAAAUCCAAGCAUGAGUUGAGUAAACAAAAGAACAUGUAUAGAAAAAUGCUUGGACAAAAAGAUGACAAAAAGUCCUCCUCAGAGUCUUCUGGCAAGGCACCAGCCGUAUUAUCUUAGGCUGCUAAAUUUUCCUGGAAACUGAUUGCUGGCAGUGCUGCAGCUGUGGCCGCUGGAGUGCUUGUCUACAAAUACAAAACAUUUUAACCUAAAGCAAGGCUGUAAUUCAUGUAUAUAGGUGGAAAUUCAAAAUGUACAGUUUCGUUGUCAAAGUAAUAUUCUUAUAGGCUUACAUUCCUCUUAGAAAAGAUUCUCAUGAUAAUAAUUUGAUGAGACUUUGCCUUUGGGAAUUAUUAUUUUGUUUGGUUCUAUUUUUGAAUAAUAUAUAAAGGCUAUACUUUUUAAUAGCGAAAA